AUGAAGUCCAUCAAGUCGUAUUUCGCGCCGGCCUCUAAAGAGAGCGCACCGACGCCUGCUACUGCGCCAGACCCAGCUCUUACGACCCCCAGAGCUCAGUCAACUCCUGGCGUCUCAGGAAAAGCGACACCAGCUGGUUCAAGGCCGGUUUCCAUCUACCCCGUCGGAGAUUUCAGAAAUUCGACGAUUGACGACAUUACCGAAAUCAAGAGCGAUGUUAUGGUCAACUGGCUUCGACAACGCCAGUUGGAAAAGCUCUGGGCAGCAGACGACGUUGAAGGCGAAGGUGUGGUGUUGAAGAAGGGCAAAGGGUCGUUUACCUGCUGUCCAGCCACGCUUGCUGAGGACCCGGCUGGGUUGUAUGCGGCCGUCUCCCGUCUCAAUGUAAAGGUUGCCAUGACGGUGAGCACCAGAGUUAUCAAACUCUUCCUUCGCCGCCAGGAUAUCGGUUACGUUCCUCUUCCCGAUGGUCUGCGUCUGCAGAUUCUCCCUAGCAUUGCUUAUUUGCCAGAGUCUCAGAAGCAUCAAUUCGCGGCAUUCAUCCAAGAUGUUGGAAUUCUCGUUGUCUGGGACGACGUUCCUCGUGACUUGCUUGACCGCGCUGAACGGAUUGAGAAGCAACUGAUGCAAAUGAUCUGGCGCGAAGAAACCGACGAGAAAAAGGACGAAAACAGCGUCGUCGUCACCGAGAUCCCUGGAAGCGAUAUUGAUGGCUACGACCUCGAAUAUGCUCAGCCUGAGAAGCCUCGUGAGACUGUAUUGAUCCAGGCUUUUUUGAGUGGACUGACGCUGGUUUUGGUCAUUGCUGCUAUGGGCGCCGGUUGGGGUCGGGUUGCGCAGGAAAUUGCCAUUGACGGUCAAUACAUCCGGAUUGCGUUCGUUGCUGUCCUGCCGUUGCAAAUCUGGCUGGCUCUUUUCUUUAUGCAAUCGGUUGCUGGCUGCGUGGCUCAGAUCAUGGGACCUAUCAGUCAGAUGAACAAUAACAGCAAAUUUUACUCUGGAAAGGCCCCUCGCAGACUGCACCGGGACCACAGAGCUUUGCCGCAUAUGACUAUUCAGUGCCCUGUCUACAAGGAAGGCUUGCACUCGGUCAUUGAACCUACCAUUCGCUCGAUCAAGGCUGCCAUCUCAACAUAUGAGAUGCAAGGCGGCACGGCUAAUAUCUUCAUCAACGAUGACGGCAUGCAGCUUAUUCCAGAGGAGGAGGCUCGCAUGCGCCAGGACUUUUACGAAGAGCACAACAUCGGGUGGGUUGCUCGGCCGAAGCACAACCCUAAGCCUGCCGAUGGCGAAAAGGUUUUCAUUCGUGCUGGUAAAUUCAAGAAGGCCUCCAAUAUGAACUAUGCCCUGGCUGUCAGCAAUCGUGUUGAGGAGAAGCUCGAGUACGUCGAGCGCAACGAGUACUGGACCCAAGAGGACGAGAAUGAGGCAUACCGCCGAUGUCUCGCCGACAUCAUCCGCGAGGAUGAGGGUCGCACUUGGGCUGAGGGCAACAUUCGUGUUGGUGACUACAUUCUUCUGAUCGACUCUGAUACUCGUGUUCCGAAUGACUGUUUCUUGGACGCCGUUAGCGAAAUGGAGCAGAGCCCCGAAGUUGCCAUUAUACAGUACAACUCUGGUGUCAUGAACGUUACCGACAGUUUCUUCGAAAGAGGCAUUACCUUCUUCACCAACCUUAUCUAUACGGCCAUCCAGUACGCCGUCGCUAAUGGCGACGUUGCUCCUUUCGUCGGCCACAACGCCGUGCUUCGUUGGGCUGCCAUCCAGGAGAUUGCUUACGAGGGUGAAAAUGGCGAAGAGAAAUUCUGGUCUGAAUCAACGGUGUCCGAAGAUUUCGAUAUGGCUCUACGUCUCCAGUCUGCUGGUCACCUUAUUCGCUAUGGUGCCUAUACUGGCGAUGGUUUCAAGGAGGGUGUCUCUCUCACCGUGUACGACGAGCUUGCCAGAUGGGAAAAGUACGCCUAUGGGUGCAGCGAGUUGAUCUUCCACCCUAUCCGCUUCUGGCCCGUUCGUGGUCCUUUUACUCCUCUCUUCCGAAGAUUCAUUGGAUCGUGCAUGCCUCUUCCGUCAAAGCUUACAAUUCUGGCCUACAUUGGUACUUAUUAUGCCAUUGCUUCUGCCUGGAUCUUGACGCUCGCCAACUACUUCAUCAUGGGAUGGCUCAACGGCCACUACGACCACUACUACGUUGACUCGUUCAAGAUCUACAUUGCCAUCAUCGUCGUCUUCAACUGCCUUGGUAACGUCUCUUUGGCUGUGCUGCGGUACCGUAUCGAGGAGAGGAGUCUCUUCUCAGCUCUCAUUGAAAACUUCAAGUGGAUUCUUCUUCUAACCGUCUUCCUUGGUGGUAUCUCCUUGCACUUGAGCCAGGCCAUCCUGUCGCACAUGUUUGAGAUUGACAUGAGCUGGGGUGCUACAGCCAAGGAAGUUGAGAACACGACCUUCUUCAAGGAAAUUCCCAAGCUCCUGAAGAAGUUCAAGUUCACCUUUAUCUUCUGUAUUGCCAUGGCGGUCGGAAUGGUCGUCCUUGCUCACGUCGUGCCUCCGCUCUGGCGCAUUGACUUGUUCGUCGCCAUCUGGCCCCUCAGCACCAUUAUCUUCUGCCAUUUCUUCUUGCCCAUUGCGCUCAACCCCAACCUCAUGCUGUUUACCUGGUAA